AAGGGCUUGCGGCAAAAUCACUUGGUCUUUGUGAUUACUGGCAUAUUUCUGUUAGUUUUGUUCGUUGGGGCAAACAGAGACUUAUGUGGGAGUGUUUUUAAAACUCAAGUUGGUAAGUAAUAAACCCGGCUCGGUCCAGCCUAAUUUCCUCAUGUUUACCCAAAGACUUCUCUUUGCAGGCUAUGCCUUACUGGGUCACGUUAUGACUAAAACUGAUGUUCUUGACGAGUUUGAAUGUCAGCUAAAAUGUUUGGGAAAUGGCAGUUGCAAAUCGUUUAAUGUUCAUCACAAAAGCAAUAAUACGAAGCGCAUUUGUGAGCUGAACAACAUAACAUGGCAGAUGAACCCGGAUGAUUUCAAACAGAAGAAAGGAUCCACAUACUUUGGAUCUGUUCAGGUCAGUAAAAAAAAUGCAUCUCUGAAGUUUGCUUGUUAUCGUGUUGGAUUCUACAGGCGUUAA